AGUGCGAGUCGAGUGACAGGUAGGAAGGAGCGCAGUUAGCCUACUUAGGUCUUGAUAUUGGCAAUGCACUGUGUGCUAGUGUUUUAUAUCCCUCUAGAUAUGAGCUAGCCAGUGAUAAUCAUCCCACUGCAUCCGGAGUUUAGGACUGAAACCGGUUAGGAAGAAAAGGGAAAGGGGUAGCUUCGGUCCGGGAGUGCCGAAGACAACAUCGCCGGCUUCCGGGGAUUCAGGGCAGCUUCGAGAAACAGCAGACGGCGGUCUUCGGAAGGGCGAGCAUCCAUUAGAUAUCAUUUGGAUAGACAACCACUGCUGUAGUGGAACCCGAAACAUGUCAAGAAAGGUCCACAGAACCGAAGUAUGCGCCGACUGCAGUGCACCAGAUCCGGGCUGGACCAGCAUCAACAGGGGCGUUUUGAUCUGUGACGAGUGCUGCUCGGUGCACCGCAGCCUGGGACGCCACAUCUCCAUCGUCAAGCACCUGCGUCACAGCGGCUGGCCCCCUGCACUGCUGCAGAUGGUGCAGACCCUGGCCAGUAAUGGGGCUAACUCGAUUUGGGAGCACUCCCUGCUUGACCCAGCGCAGGUGCAGAGUGGCCGCAGGAAACCCAACCCACAGGACAAAGUCCACCCCACCAAGUCCGAGUUCAUCCGUGCCAAGUACCAGAUGCUAUCCUUCGUCCACAAGCUGCCGUGCCGAGAUGACGACGGUGUUACCACCAAGGACCUCAGUAAGCAACUGCACUCCAGUGUGAGGACGGGGAGUCUGGAGACAUGUCUACGGCUGCUGUCCCUGGGAGCACAGCCCAACUUCUUCCACCCGGAGAAGGGCACCACUCCACUCCACGUGGCAGCCAAGGCAGGCCAGGUUCUGCAGGCAGAGCUGCUGGUCGUGUACGGAGCUGACCCCGGAGCCCCUGACAUCAAUGGACGCACACCCAUGGACUACGCAAGGCAAGCGGGCCAGGUGGAGCUGGCAGAGCGUCUGGUGGAGUGUCAGUACGAGCUCACAGACAGGCUGGCCUUCUACCUGUGUGGCCGACGCCCUGAUCACAAGAAUGGGCAUUAUAUCAUUCCUCAGAUGGCUGACAGAGCUCGCCCUAAGUGCCCGACACAGAGCCUGGACCUCUCAGAACUGGCCAAGGCAGCUAAGAAGAAGCUCCAAGCGCUGAACAAUCGAUUGUUUGAAGAGCUGGCCAUGGACGUGUAUGAUGAAGUGGACCGCAGGGAGAACGAUGCAGUGUGGCUGACGACUCAGAACCACAGUACUCUGGUGACGGAGCGCAGCGCGGUGCCCUUCCUGCCUGUCAACCCCGAAUACUCAGCCACACGCAACCAGGGUAGACAGAAGUUGGCCCGUUUCAACGCUCGUGAGUUCGCAACGCUAAUCAUCGACAUCCUGAGUGACGCCAAGAGGAGGCAACAGGGGAAAGGCCUGAGCAGCCCUACUGGAAAAGACUCUAGUCUGGACCUGGGGGCCGAUGACGACCAGCAUGACUACGACAGCGUAGCGUCAGAUGAGGACACGGACAGCGAGCUGACCACUCAGAACAACAACAACACGCAGCGCAACAACCGGGCCAAGAGCAUGGACUCAUCUGACCUGUCGGACGGGCCCAUCACGCUGCAGGAGUACCUGGAGGUUAAGAAGGCCCUGGCUUCCUCCGAGGCUAAAGUUCAGCAGCUGAUGAAGGUCAACAACAACCUGAGUGAAGAGCUGCACCGGCUGCAGAAAGAGAUCUCGCGGAUGCAGACGGAGAACAGUGCGUUGCGGGGGGGCCAGGUCGGAGGAGGAGGGGGAGCUGGCGGUUUGGGAGGAGGGGGAGGCGGCAGCCCGGCACAUUGGCCAGGGGGGGUGAGAGGCAGAGGAGGGGGAGGUAGGGGAGGGGACCACUCCAGCCUAGCCAUGUCCUCAGCGACGCCCGCCCACCGGAGGGACAGACAGGCUUUCUCUAUGUACGAGCCAGGGGCCGCCACCCCUAAGCCCCACUCCCACUCCCCGGGCCUGGACUCCCUGACGGACCGCCUGCAGCCUCUGCACCCCAGUGUGAGGAAGGGGGGUCCUGGCGGUCCGACAACCUAUGGAGGACAGCACCUCUCUGGCUCCAUGGAGAUGGGGAGGUACAUGGGCCCUAAAGGAGAGAAGUACGGCAGUGGUACAGAUAGUGACUAUGACAACACUCAGACGUAUGAGCUGUCACUAAGUAGGGGGCGCAGCAGUGAAGAGGAGGGCCGGGGGGAGUCGGAGGAGUGGGGUGACGGGGGUGAGCCGGACCCUACCCUGCCCUGCACCGAAGACGUCAUCCUCAAGACGGAGCAGGUGACCAAAAACAUCCAGGAGCUUCUGAGGGCCGCACAGGAGUUCAAACACAACAGUUUCGUUCCAUGCUCUGAGAAGAUCCACUCUGCUGUCACUGAAAUGGCCUCCCUCUUUCCCAAGCGGCCUGCUCUAGAUGCCGUGCACUGCUCCCUGCGCCUCCUGGCGUCCAGCGCCUCCCGCCUCCAGGUGGAGUGUCGCAAGGCGGCACCCUCGGACCCGUCAGCGCCCGCCGUCGACUACCAGCUGCUCACCCAGCAGGUCAUCCAGUGCGCCUAUGACAUCGCCAAGGCCGCCAAGCAACUGGUCACUAUCACCACCCGCGAGAAGAAACAGUGACGGAGUAGAAAGGGGACGGACGGGGGAGGGCGGAGUGGAGCUGCAAGACUGACAGAGGGAGCAGGAGAGGGAUGGAGGUAGCCUCAAUUUCCAAGCUUCCUAGUCAAGUGAUGAACGAGACUUGGAAGGUUGGCAUCUCAAGGGAGAGCGAAAUGCCAGCCAAGGGGAGAAGCUAUAUUGGCUGCAGACCGAAAAGAAGAUCUCUGAGGAUGAAUAAAGAUGAAAUGAGAGGAAUUGAAGGUAGGGAAUGAAGAGCGGGUGGUAAUAUUAUAUAACAAUAGAGCGAAGCUGAGAAAUGGCUGCGGCUCUCGCUACUAUACCCGUGUGGACUGAGAGUGCAGUUCUGCGGGGGAGGGGACUCUUAAGGAGGAGGAGUGUGGACCAUUGAGACAGUAAUUGCAUGCGGGGGAUGGACACAGCACAGCACCAUAGCAGCUCAGCUCUCAUCAUCUCACUAUGAUCUCAGUCCAUCAUUCCUUUGGAGGGGAGAUCCCUUUACUACAACACCCCUCUCUGUGCAGCGCCUCAAACCCUCAUGUGACCGAGGCAGGCUGGGGCUGGGGCUGGGGCCGGGGCCAGUCGGUGUGGCCUACAAGGGGGCCAGGCCUUGGAAAUGAUCCACCCUGCUCUACCCCUCUCUCUCUCAGACACCACCUCCACUAUAGUCCCAGGCUCUGCUAAGGAGAGGAGGGCCCUUGCUACCCCCUCAGACCCCCUGGUACACUACAGCAUGUCUAGGCAUCAUGGACAAACUACUAGGUGAUGUUUAUUUUUUUCAUGUAUUUUUCUUUUUUAUGCCAAUCCGUUGGCCUGUACCUCUGGGGACAAUAAUUACUGACUGAAGAAAAAAACACUUACACUGGAAUUAUUGUGAUUAUUAUUAUACUAAUUGUUUUGUAUUAUUUUUACGGUCAUGAAUUACACUUAUCAUGAAUGUUUAUUUUGACGUCGUCUUAUGUAUGAUGGUUCCUGUUUAGAGGACCAGGGAGAGCUGUGAGAAUACUCGCUCGCCUUCUGUCUGACUGGGUCUUGACAUAUGCGCACACACACUAACUUGUGAAAUGGUCCUCAAACACUCCUGGAGCAGUCCAAUUCCUCCCGGGUGACAUUUCAGUUCUUAUUUCCUAUAGAUUUUUUGGGUUUCUACCUAUCAUGUUCUAAUAUGUCAGUAGCCAAGGGGUUGAACAAAUGCCAAAGGGGUAGGGAAGGGGUAUAAUAUGCUAUCAGUAGAAUAAUCCCUGGAAGCGGCAUUACAAGGAAGUGGGUAUAUUAUACAACCAUUGGCUGCUUCAGUCGCUAGACUGGCACUACAGUGGGAUCCAUACAAAGCUCGCUCUUAAACAUAUGCCAACUUGAGGCAGACUAGCUAGAUUGGGAACAAAUGUUUUGUCAAAACGACAAACAGCACUUGUUGUGGGGGCACUGGGGAAGCUGCGCUAUACUCUGCUAAACAAAUUAACGGUCACACUAAGCUAAGUGACACGCACUCCACGUAUUUAGUUUUAUCUCUUAGCUUCAAGGACUUUAGUGAUUGUGUGUCAGAUGGAUCUGGGUCAUGUUAAUUAGGAACUAAACGGUUGAAAACGGACUGAAACAGGGAGAGACUACUUGGACCCACCCCCCACACACACACACAAAUUACAUACACACGCACGGCUUGUGUGAUCCUGGACAACUGAAAGCGCUUCCAUGUUAGCUUGACUCAUGUUCACUUAGCAACGGGGUCCCGCCGUGUCACUAUCCGCCUGACUGUGCUCUCAUGUGUUCACGACAUUUAAUGAACCUGUAGGGGGUGAGAUCUUUUAUCUGUUCCCCGUCAAAUCAUGUCCAAAAAAAUGUCAAAUGUAACGUUCCGAUCAUGAUUGCCUUUGCACAUCUCACGCUAGACUGGCUUAAUACUCAGUGAUGUUGUAGCAUUUUGGGUUCCUGCAGUUCAUUAUCUAUUGCCAUCUCACACACACACAGACACACUGGGCCAGUAUAAAAUACUUUCUUCCCCAUUACAAUGUCCUCUUUUACCUCUCAGACAACCUGUUUUAUAGAAUACAGGCCUAUAUGUAAACAUAUUUUCAUGCUAUUUUUUUAUUAAGCUAUAUGUUCGUAUUGUGUUUGGGAGAUCGGAUCUAUUUAUGCUUGCUGUGGUGGGUUCCAGGCCUGAGGGGGGGAAGUGAAUAGGGUCUGAAGUCUGCCGCUGGUUAGCACUAAACUCAUCUCAAGUCUGAGGGGAAAGGGCUAUUGCACAAUGCUACGCCUUUCCCCUUUCUUCUUAGUGGACACUUAGAAUAGGGUCCCUUUUUAGUGGGAAUGUUGGGAAUGUUAGACACGUCAGUCUGACUCCAUGUUGUGCACAUGUUCACACAUGCAUCCCGAACACACACACACACACACACACACACACACACACACACUGGUCAUCAUGUUGUUCAGACAGUGGCACUGCACUGUGCCCCGUUUUCUUCACCUGGGAGAUCAGUGAUGGGAGAAUAUCUUUUAACAGAAGUAAAAACUGUAAAAAGUAGAACAUUGAAAAAGGUCAAUCGUAAUAGAAACUCAUAAGCUGUACAUUUCUAAUAAAAAACUAAAAAACGA